AGUGACUCAUCUCUGCUGGAGAAGUCACAAAGCUGCGAAGACGGUCGGGUGCAGCCAAUACUUCUUUUUUUGUAAGUGGAACUGCACAACACUAUUUCUGGAGAAUCUGGAUUUUGAUACUGGGUGCAUAAAGAGGACAAACCUGGAUAUAGCCCUGAAUAAAAUGACAACAUUCACUGUAGGAAAAUCAUCGCAUAACAAAAAUGAUGCUAAGAAUGCUUCCCUUGCAAUGAAGAGCAGACAGCAAGUUAUUAAUGAGGUCAACAAGCGAAGAACCCUUUUACAAGACAAUAGCUGGAUAAAGAAAAGGCCUGAGGAGGAAGGCACCAAUGAAAACUAUGGCAAAGUGGUUCUUAAUCAGUAUAAAUCACAAGAAAGCUUGCACAGGAACCUAGAAGGGGAGAAUGAUGAGAAAGCUAGGCUUAAUCGAUAUAGAUCUGAUACUACUUUAGACAGGAUUUCGGGCAGAAGUGGUACUGAUAAGGCAAAUAUCCCACCUGUCAUAGAUAGCAGGAUAAAUAAAAGGUACCAAGACGUGGAUGACUAUAUCAAAGUGAAUCGUACCUCUAAAUGGGAAGAGAAGUGUUGUGACCUGGAGAGUCUAAUUGCAGUCAAAGAUAACAGCAAGGAGGGAAACCAAGAUCUGGAUGACUUCAUCAUAGUAAAUUGUACAUUUGAGCCAAGUGACAAGAGAUCCCAAGACCUACACAAUCUCAUCAAAGUGAAUCAUAUGUCUAAUCAGUUCAGAAAGGACGGAUGUCAGGAUUUGGAGAAUCUCAUCGAAGUGAAUCGUAUAUCAAACCAGAAAGACACAUUCUCUGGCCUGGACAGUUUCAUUGAAGUCAAAGAUAAAAACAAUCAAAGGGCUAUAGACAGAGAAUUGUGUACCUAUUGCCGGAAACCAUUGGGCACAAAUACUAAAAUGAUUCUCGAAGCGCUACAGAUUUGCUGUCAUGCGACUUGCUUCAAGUGUGAAAUCUGCAAAACAACUUUAGAAAACCUGGAGGCAGGAGACAGUAUCUGGAUUUACAAGAACAGAGUACACUGUUCACCGUGUUAUUCUAAAGUUAAAGCCACAUGGACGUACUAAUCAUGAAUGAACUCUGAUCAAACAUAUCUGAGCUCAGAUAUUCCAGCAAUCUUUAUUUGUAUCUGAAAAUUGUAUUUUUUUAGAAUAAGAUAUUUCAAAAAUCCACAUUAGGCAUUUGAGCAUAAAAUAAAAUCAUUUCUAAAUGAAA